AUGAACGCGGCCGAGGGAGCGGAGGAUGGAGGAGGCGCCGAUUCCGAGGUGGACGCCUUCUUCCGGACAGGCUCCUUCCGGAACGAUGGACUGAAAGCUACUGACGUCCUGCCCACACUGAAGGAGAAAGUGGCCUUUGUGUCAGGUGGACGAGACAAGAGAGGAGGACCCAUCCUCACCUUCCCGGCCCGCAGCAACCAUGACAGGAUACGACAGGAGGACCUGCGCAGGCUCGUCACGUAUCUCGCCAGUGUCCCCAGUGAAGACGUGUGUAAGCGUGGAUUCACCGUCAUCAUCGACAUGCGCGGAUCGAAGUGGGACCUGAUCAAACCUCUACUGAAGACGCUGCAGGAGGCGUUCCCGGCGGAGAUCCACGUGGCGCUGAUCAUAAAGCCGGAGAACUUCUGGCAGAAGCAAAAGACCAACUUCGGCAGCUCCAAGUUCAUCUUCGAGACCAGCAUGGUGUCGGUGGAAGGUCUCGCCAAGCUGGUGGAUCCGUCUCAGCUGACGGAGGAGUUUGACGGUUCCCUGGAUUACAAUCACGACGAGUGGAUCGAGCUGCGUGUCUCCCUGGAGGAAUUCUUCAAUAGCGCCGUCCACCUGUUGUCCCGGCUGGAGGACCUGCAGGAGAUGUUGGCCAGGAAGGAGUUCCCGGUGGACGUGGAGGGCUCCCGGAGGCUCAUCGACGAACACACGCAGCUGAAGAAAAAGGUCAUCAAGGCCCCGGUGGAGGAGCUGGACCGGGACGGGCAGAGGCUGCUACAAUGUAUCCGAUGCGGGGACGGGUUUUCGGGCAGGAACUGCAUCCCGGGAGGGGCGGACUUCCAGAGUCUUGUGCCAAAGAUUACCAGCCUCCUGGACAAACUUCACUCCACGCGGCAGCACCUCCACCAGAUGUGGCACGUGCGCAAACUCAAACUGGAUCAAUGCUUUCAGCUGCGUCUGUUCGAGCAAGAUGCGGAAAAGAUGUUUGAUUGGAUCACUCACAACAAGGAGGUCUUCCUGCAGGGUCACACGGAGAUCGGGAUGAGUUACCAGCACGCCCUCGACCUGCAGACCCAACACAACCACUUCGCCAUGAACUCCAUGGUAAGACGCGCAGAGUCCGCUUUGUAUUUUAUGGUUUUGUCCGUCUCCGGAACCCGCUGCGGGCGCUUGUACCGCCUCUCCUUAGGGAAAGGAAUGAACGUCAUUUAUAACACAAUGAACUAUCUGACGGGUAACGGGGACAUUCUGUGGGAAACUGUUGCAGAUAUGUUGAAAAUUGUAACAAAGGAUCUCUUAUGUCCCAGUGACCAUAGUCUGGUCCGGCGCCACAGGGCAGCCAUCAGGGGGUUCCUCUCCGGCGUGGACACGUGGUGUAAGAUGUGUAAUGACGGCGGUCUGCCCUCGGAGAUGCAAGCGCUGGAAAUGGCCAUCCAUCAUCACCAGUCACUGUACGAGGAGGUGACACAGGCGUACACCGAGGUGAGUGACCCCGUUCAUGUUCAUAGAGACGGCUGGGACCCCUCGCCAUCUGUGCUGCCAACGUCACGUCCUCAGGUCAGUCAGGACGGGAAGGCUCUGCUGGACGUAUUGCAGCGUCCGCUCAGUCCGGGCAACGCGGAGUCCCUCACAGCCACUGCCAACUACUCCAAGGCUGUCCACCAAGUCCUGGAUGUGGUCCACGAAGUCUUACAUCACCAGCGCCGCCUGGAAAGUAUAUGGCAGCACCGCAAAGUCCGGCUCCACCAGCGGCUCCAGCUCUGCGUCUUCCAGCAGGACGUGCAGCAGGCUGCGGCAAUGGCAGCGGCGCUCUGUAGUGCCGAUACGGAGCCGGCGGCUGGAGCCUCGAGAGACGGCGACUCACAAAGGAGCGUCUGGUGGUCUGUAGCUCUCCAGAUGAGGGAGAACUACAAGUGCCAGCAUGAUUGGGAUACAAUGUCCAGGAAUAUAGAACGUCUUCUCAUUCAAUGUCUCUCUGCUGCUCGGAUGUCGUUGCAGUUCCUCUCCGGCGUGGACACGUGGUGUAAGAUGUGUAAUGACGGCGGUCUGCCCUCGGAGAUGCAAGCGCUGGAAAUGGCCAUCCAUCAUCACCAGUCACUGUACGAGGAGGUGACACAGGCGUACACCGAGGUCAGUCAGGACGGGAAGGCUCUGCUGGACGUAUUGCAGCGUCCGCUCAGUCCGGGCAACGCGGAGUCCCUCACAGCCACUGCCAACUACUCCAAGGCUGUCCACCAAGUCCUGGAUGUGGUCCACGAAGUCUUACAUCACCAGCGCCGCCUGGAAAGUAUAUGGCAGCACCGCAAAGUCCGGCUCCACCAGCGGCUCCAGCUCUGCGUCUUCCAGCAGGACGUGCAGCAGGUCCUGGAUUGGAUCGAAAAUCACGGAGAGGCCUUUCUGAGUAAGCACACGGGCGUGGGGAAGUCUCUGCACCGGGCUCGCGCUCUGCAGAAGCGGCACGAUGACUUCGAGGAGGUGGCACAGAACACGUACACCAAUGCAGACAAGUUACUGGAGGCGGCCGAGCAGCUGGCCCAGACCGGGGAGUGUGACCCGGAGGAGAUCUACAAGGCGGCCCGGCACCUGGAGGUCCGGAUCCAGGACUUUGUCCGCAGGGUGGAGCAGAGGAAACUCUUACUGGACAUGUCCGUCUCCUUCCACAGCCACACCAAGGAGCUGUGGACGUGGAUGGAGGAUCUUCAGAAGGAGCUCCUGGAAGACGUCUGCGCGGACUCGGUGGACGCCGUUCAGGAGCUCAUCAAACAAUUCCAGCAGCAGCAGACGGCCACACUGGACGGGACCCUCAACGUCAUAAAGGAGGGCGAGGAUCUCAUCCAGCAACUCAGGGACUCCGCGCUGUCCAGUAAUAAAGCUCCGCACAACAGCUCCAUCAGCCACAUCGAGUCGGUUCUGCAGCAGCUGGAUGAGGCCCAAGUUCAGAUGGAGGAACUCUUCCACGAGAGGAAGAUCAAGCUGGACAUCUUCCUGCAGCUUCGGAUAUUCGAGCAGUACACAAUAGAGGUGACGGCCGAAUUGGACGCCUGGAACGAGGAUCUCCUCCGGCAGAUGAACGACUUUAAUACAGAAGAUCUGAAUUUGGCGGAGCAGCGGCUGCAGCGUCACAAGGAAAGGAAAUUAGCCAUGAACAACAUGACCUUCGAGGUGAUCCAGCAGGGUCAGGACCUCCACCAGUACAUCAUGGAGGUUCAAGCGUCAGGAAUCGAGCUGAUCUGUGAGAAGGACAUAGACCUGGCCACCCAGGUUCAGGAGCUGUUGGAGUUCCUCCACGAGAAGCAGCAUGAACUGGACCUGAACGCUGAUCAGACCCACAAACGCCUGGAACAAUGUCUGCAGCUCCGCCACCUCCAGGCCGAGGUCAAGCAGGUGCUGGGCUGGAUCCGCAAUGGGGAGUCCAUGCUGAACGCCAGCCUCGUUAACGCCAGUUCGUUGUCGGAGGCGGAGCAGCUGCAGAGAGAACAUGAACAGUUCCAGAUGGCUAUUGAGUCCCUGUUCAAUGCCAGCUCACUGCAGAAAACCCACCAGAGCGCACUGCAGGUCCAGCAGAAGGCCGAGGCCUUGUUACAGGCCGGGCAUUACGACGCCGAUGCCAUCCGGGAGUGUGCCGAGAAGGUGGCCAUGCACUGGCAGCAGCUCAUGCUGAAGAUGGAGGACAGGCUGAAGCUGGUCAAUGCCUCGGUGGCAUUCUACAAAACUUCAGAGCAGGUGUGCAGCGUGCUGGAAAGCCUGGAGCAGGAGUACCGGAGAGAUGAAGACUGGUGCCGGGGACACGAUAAACUGGGGCCGACAUCCGACACGGACCACAUAAUGCCGUUGAUCAGCAAACAUCUGGAGCAGAAGGAAGCCUUCCUAAAGGCGUGCACACUGGCCCGGAGAAAUGCAGAGGUCUUCUUAAAGUACAUUCACCGCAACAAUGUCAGCAUGCCUGGUGUGGCACCUCACACGCGGGGCCCCGAGCAACAAGUCAAAGCCAUCCUCAGCGAGCUGCUGCAAAGAGAAAACCGCGUCCUGCACUUCUGGACCCUGAAGAAGCGGCGGCUGGACCAGUGCCAGCAGUACGUGGUGUUCGAGAGAAGCGCCAAGCAGGCUCUGGACUGGAUUCAGGAGAUGGGGGAGCAUUUCCUCUCUACGCACACAUCUACCGGAGAGAGUCUGGACCAAACGCAGAGUCUACUGAAGGAAUAUGAAGAUUUCCGUAUGCCUGCCAAGCAAACCAAGGAGAAGGUCCGCCUCCUGAUCCAGCUGGCGGACAGCUUUGUGGAGAAGGGUCACGUCCACGCCACCGAGCUGAAGAAAUGGGUCACCACUGUGAACAAGCAUUACCGCGAGUUCUCCCUGCGGAUGGGGAAAUACCAGUGCUCGCUGCAGAGGGCGCUGGGCAUCAGCACUGAGGACAACAAAGAUCUGGAACUGGACAUUGUGCCGGCCAUCUUGACCGACCCGGAAGUAAAACUGCGAGACGCCAGCCAUGAGAUCAACGAGGAGAAGAGGAAGUCUGCGCGGAAAAAAGAGUUCAUCAUGGCGGAGCUCCUGCAGACGGAGAAGGCGUACGUCAGAGAUCUGCACGAGUGUUUGGAGACGUACCUGUGGGAGAUGACGAGCGGCGUGGAGGAAAUCCCCUCGGGAAUCCUCAAUAAAGAGCACAUCAUCUUCGGGAACAUUCAGGAAAUCUACGACUUUCAUAAUAACAUCUUCUUGAAGGAGUUGGAGAAGUAUGAGCAGCUUCCGGAGGACGUCGGACAUUGUUUCGUCACUUGGGCUGACAAGUUUCACAUGUAUGUGACGUAUUGUAAGAACAAGCCGGACUCCAGCCAGCUGAUCCUGGAGCACGCCGCGUCCUUCUUCGAUGAGAUACAACAGCGGCACGGAUUGGCCAAUUCCAUUUCAUCGUAUCUCAUCAAACCCGUGCAGAGGAUCACCAAGUACCAGCUCCUCCUCAAGGAGCUGCUGACUUGCUGCGAGGAAGGGAAGGGAGAGAUCAAGGACGGCCUGGAAGUCAUGCUCAGCGUGCCAAAGAGAGCCAACGACGCCAUGCACGUCAGCAUGCUGGAAGGUGAGCGAGCGGCUACAAAUGGUGAGCUCAUUCUUCAGGAUGCCUUCCAAGUCUGGGACCCCAAAUCUCUGAUCCGCAAGGGGCGGGACCGGCACCUCUUCCUGUUCGAGAUCUCUCUGGUGUUCAGCAAGGAGAUAAAAGACUCCGCCGGACACACCAAAUAUGUUUACAAAAACAAGCUGCUGACCUCCGAGUUGGGGGUGACGGAACACGUUGAAGGGGACCCCUGCAAAUUCGCCUUGUGGUCGGGCCGAACGCCAUCGUCUGAUAACAGAACGGUGCUCAAGGCGUCCAGCAUUGAGGUGAAGCAGGACUGGAUCAAGAACAUCCGAGAGGUGAUCCAGGAGAGAAUGAUCCACCUGAAAGGAGCGCUAAAGGAGCCCAUCCAGCCCCCGAAGACCCCGGCCAAGCAGAGGAACAACAGCAAGAGGUAACGGA